AUGAAGCGCAAGAAGUGGUCGGAGUUGGAGGAGCAGACCCUUCUGUCCAAAUAUUCCGACCUCCUCAAUUCCGGCACACUCGCGAAGCUCAGGACCCGGGAGAAGAAGUUCCGACCGGUGGCCGAUCACGUUAAUUCCCUGCACCACCUCCGGGACCCGAUCGCCUUUCCCUUCCGGUGGUCCUGGCGGGACGUGUCGAUCAAGGUGCAGAACAUGCGCCACCAGUACCUGGGCGUCAAGCAGAAGAUCCGAAUCUCCGGCAACGAGUUCAACUGGGGCGACGGCGAGAUCCACUGGGAGAAUUUCCUCAAGUACAAGCAAGUGUUUGGGGACAUCGAGUUGUCUGACAACGGCGUUAGGGUUGAUGCAAGUAACAACGCAAACAGCGGCCAGGUAAUGAAUAGCAACGAUAAAAGUAGUAAUAGCAAAACAAUUGGGGAUGAGAGUAUUUAUUCUGAUAUUUUCGGGUACGGUGAGGAGGAUAUUGAGGAAACCGAUGAGUAUGAUGAUGAAGGAGCCGAUAUAGGCGCAAGCGAGGAGGGGGGAAAGGGAGGGAAAGAGGGGAGUGAGGACGAAAAAAAUAAACUGGGGAUUAAAGGUAAGAAAUUGAGGAUGGUGGUCACCAAGGUUUUGGAACUGAGGGAAGCAAUUCUGAGAAGAGAGGAUAAGCGGAGGGAAAGGGAAUGGAACCAUGAGGUUGAAACCGAGCGAAAGGAGAGGGAGGUACGAGCCACAAAAAGAAUGGAAGAAGUGGCUCACAAGAGGGAAAUGGAACUCGACGAGUUGAGAAUAAAUCUGGCGAGGAAGGAGUUUGAGGGACGAGCUAGGUUGGAGAGAGAGCUCGAGAAGGAAAAGAGGCUGAGGAUGAGUUUUCAGGAGAAAUGGGAUGAAAGGGAAAUGGAGUGGAGAGAGAAAUUAUUUGAGGUGCAAAUGCAGCAUGAGAAGCAGAUGAUGCAAAUGCACGCAGAUGCAUGCCAAAGCCAGCUGCAGAUUCUUGGGGUUGUGUCUCGGCUAGUUUGCCAGAUUUUUGGGUCGGCCACUGAUGGAUUGGGGGGUGCGAUUGGGGCGUUGGCCCAGCCGGGCUUGCAGAAUUUGGAGCAUCCGGCUGGACUGGGUGAUGGCGGGAAGCCCGAUGCCACCUCGCCCUCGGAGUUUUUGUAG